GGCACAAAGCCGCGAGGCUGCGCGAAACACCCGAGAAUCGAAUUCGACGUGCGACUCGUGCGAGUAGGAGGAAGAUGGGAAAACGGAAAUAGAAACAAAAGACAUUCGAAUUUUACAUGACAUUCUUCUGAUUCGAUGUUGAUCGCCGUAAAUCGUGUAACUUCGCAACCGUUGCGUUUUUAUGAUCUCAAGGGCAAGAAAAAUGGCGAGUGUCGUUUCUUUAGCAGCCGUGAUUUCGCGCGCUUCGUUAUUCAACUCGUUUCUCCGGCUUGUUAAUGUCGUGUGUCGUAGCCGCGACUGCGAUCGAUGUCUCCAGUAAAUUUCCCGACGUACCUCUCUGGAUUCGUAGCGAAACAUGUCGACACAAGGCACGGAACUUACAAAUUGCCUCGUGACUCGAGAUGUCGAGACCAUGUUGGACGAGACACAGGGCAAUCGUGCAGAUAUUUUGGAGUGCCUGUCGGUUUUAAUUAACGAGGAUAACAAUGGGAAUGGCCGAAUGCAGGAAUUAAUAUUGGACGAACAGUUGUUGAGCGGUACUACGCUGACAGCUGUGACAUUACCGGAUGGAACGCAAGCAUUCAUGGCAAAUAAUUCCAACAACGAUGUGGACUCAAAGAAUCAAACGACUUUAGAAUUAGAUAAUGGAGAUACCAUAUUACUACGGGAUGUAACAGAAUUUACAGAUGGUAAGUCGCUUCAGUUGGAAUUAGAUCCGGCAAUGUUGGUGCAAGCACGUAACGCUACCGUAGAGAAUGAAGAGAAUACCUAUCCAAGAGUGGAGUUCAUAGACGGAGCAGCAUAUGUGGUGACAGGCCAUCUGGACGUUGGUAAAGAUCUAUGGGAAGUUGACAGCGGUAAACUUACAAAAAAGGACUCCAAGAUCUUAUUAAAUAAAUUAUCUGUGUCGAGAAUCAGGCAUCCUUGUCCAAGGGAAGGUUGCUCGAAAGUCUACAGUACUCCUCACCAUCUUAAGGUGCACGAACGAUCGCACACUGGCCAACGACCAUACCGGUGCACGUAUCCAAAAUGCAAGAAGAGCUUCUCGACGGGUUACAGUUUGAAAGCGCAUUCGCGUACACACACAGGAGAGAAGCCUUACAAAUGUCCGAACGAAACCUGCGAUAAAAGUUUUAAAACUUCGGGAGACUUGUUGAAGCAUGUUCGAACGCACACGGGAGAGAGGCCCUUUUUAUGUCCUUUCGACGGUUGUGGUCGGUCCUUCACGACGAGCAAUAUUAGGAAGGUUCACGUGAGAACGCACACAGGUGAACGCCCGUACAAAUGUACGCAACCGAAAUGCGGGAAAGCUUUCGCUAGCGCGACCAACUAUAAAAAUCACAUUCGUAUUCAUUCCGGCGAGAAACCCUAUGUUUGUUCGAUCGAAAAUUGUGGAAGAAGAUUCACCGAAUAUUCUAGUCUUUACAAGCACCACCUGGUUCACACUCAGCAGAGACCGUUCGAAUGUAAAGUUUGUUUCAGAAGAUACAGACAGAGUAGCACUCUUAUAAUGCAUAAAAGAACAGCACAUGCGUUGGUCGAUAACGACGACAACGUGGACGUGUUUUUCCAAGAAUCAAGUAUACCAGAGCCUUCUAGUCGGGCCAAAGACAGGCGGAAGACGAACGUCCCGCGAGAAAAAAUAGAUAGUUCUUCGUUAAAGGUUGCAGGGAAAGAGAAACAAAUUCAAAUUCAUUCCAAAGGGCUUGACGACUUGCAUGACAACGAAACGCAGAUAUUAUUGGUCGGGGAUCCUUCCCAAAUCGCAGCGUUACAGAACUCUUGCGGAUCUUUCCCGGUACGGCACGGAGAUGAAGGAGCACGCGGCAUGAAAACCAAGGGAGGAUCAUCGGUUUCGCCGACGCUUGAAAUCGCAUCGUGUGUCUAACGGCGUAUCCACGUCCGAGGAGAAAAAAGCGAGAAAAGGAGGAGAGAAGGCGGAGAGAUUUUCGAAGGUCACGAAAUCGGAGUCUAAAGAGCUAUCAUGUGAU